AAGAAUGACAGGUGAGACCAGCCAGGUGAUAAAUCCUUUGUCGUGUGAGCAGCGUGGGGUCGAGGCUACCAUCUCCUGAGCCACCUCCUCAGGGACGUCCUUGUACAGCUCAAACAGGAACUCGAUGGCGUUGUUGUCUUUGUAUUUGCCUCGAAGUUUCUUUUUGUCGUCCACCCUGAGCCAGAGUUUCAGCGCCGCCUUUGUACCAUCAUCUUCCUCGCCCAGCUCCACGUAGACUCCUGUCUUUUCCUGGAAGAAGCGGUGCUCCAGCAGGUCAUGAACCGUAAACCUACAGAGCGGGACAUCAACAAACGGCUGAGUUCACUCUGACACAUGGAGAAGACACACUGAGGUGAUUUUUCCUCGUUAACAGAGCAUGCAGAUACAUGUUUGACAGGAGGGCAGCGCUUUGUGACCUUCCUUCAAGUCAUGUUCUGCUGUCUGAAGCUGCUGCACCUCCUUUUUCUAAUCCCCCCAUCGUCCCUCCAAGGGGUGGCGCUGUGGCGCCGGGGAAACCGAGUGUCCUCCAUCAACGCCUGCCAGCAGACGGAGGCGGCAGACGGUGGGCUGACUGUUCGCUGCAGCGGACUGCGAUUGGCUCAGAUACCGGCCGGCCUGCCUAAUCACACCACCCAUCUGUUUCUGAACAAGAACCGGCUCACCUCUCUGCCUGCCUUCUGCUUCUCUGAUCUGUUCCUGCUGGAUGAACUGGAUCUGUCCCACAACCAGUUGUCCUUUCUGGAGCCGGGAUGUUUCUCUGGCCUGGUGUCGUCUCUCCGGUACCUGGACCUCUCAUCCAAUCUCCUCACCACGUUGGACCCUGUGGUUCUUGGUGGACUUCAGGUCCAAGCCAACCUGAGCCAGAACCCGUGGCACUGUGACUGCAGCAUGCAGAUUUCAGUACCUCAGCUGGACAUGGACAUGUCCUCCCUGGAGAAAGUCAUCUGUCAGACCUCGGACCUUCCAAACCUCGGAGCUGUUGGACUUCCGCUGGUCGUACUGAUGCAGGACUGGGAUCUGUGUCAGUCUGUGAGGAGAACCACAGACUUCCUGACCCUGAUCACCAUGUUCCUCUGGUUCGGCAUGCUCAUCGCCUACCUGAUCCACUACAUUCGACACAACGAGGUGUUCGCCCGACGACACCUGGAGUACCUGAAGUUCCUGGAGAGCCGGGACCCUUUUAGACCCAGAUAAAGAUCUCCUUUGGUACCAUUCAACUGCAACUUCCUAUGUAGUGGAAGUUCUUUUGGGUCAUUUGUUUUCAAAUUAUCCUUUCCUCAGAACUUUAAAAAGUUAAAGUUAAAAAAAACAAUCCAUUGGACUUUGUUUUCAAAGUUUGAAGACGUUUUGCUUCCCAUCCAGUAAGCUUUUUCAAUUCAAAAGGUCUGGAUUAGAGUUGAGAUCCAGGCUUUAUAGAGUAGCCCAACAAAAGCUUUGCAAUGACUUAGAAAAUGUGCACAUUGUAUUACAAUACCCAAUACUGGCCCAUUCCUCUGAAAAGGCAGUCGUUAAGGGUCACUGUUGGCCUGGCUGACCUGGCGAGAUCGUAUUGGGAGGGAUUUUGAGAACUGUACGCUGAGUCGACCCCCCUUUGUUAAACAUUUUUAUCUUUUAACAUAAAUGGCUUCAAACCGUCUGUCUUCUUUAUCUACAAUGUGAACAUCUAAAGAAGAUAAAGAAGAUAGGUGGUUUUAAAGGGGUGUGAAGGAAGCAAACCAACCUUGGACAGAAGGGGUGGACUCAGGUUUCAGUUCUCAAAAACCUACAACGCAGCAAUAGAGUUGAUUCCUUCCCAAUACCAUCUCAACCCCCAUCGCUAUGCAAAGGGACAAAAUAUUUGGCCAGGGCUGCCAGGCCAACAAUGACCCUUAAUGAUUGCCUUUUCUGAGGAAUGGGCCAGUUAUCAGGUAUUGCAGGCCAAUAUCGACCUCAACGACUCUGUUAGGUUUAUUCAGUGAUGAUUAUAAAACAUUUUUGCAAGGGGAUGCUCCACUCCUGUCUCAUGAUCCAGUCAGGAGACCAUCCUGCCUUG